CAGUGACCGGAAACAGCGGCGGAGUGACAGCUCUCUCCUCGAAACAGUCUUACGCUAAAGGCUGCAUGUAGAUAAAGUUCCUGUAUUUCGGAAGAAGGGCACACCGUUACUACUAUUGAAUCUAAUGUCUACCUGACUGAAUCUUAAGCUCACUGUCUAAGGAGUCCUCGAGUGUCCUUUUGUGGAUGUGAAAAAUCCUGAGAGGCUCAACAAAGUCGUCGCCGUCUGCUCAGCCUUCAAAAGGUCCGCCGUCGGGAGGGACAGGUGCUGGAAUGAACAGGUCCAGGUCCAGCUGGGACAACAAAGCCUCCCAGCCCCCAGUCACCAGGAUAACUCGCAGCUCCAGCUACCAGGCCAGGCACAAAGACCCCACAGAGACCCGAGACUCUGGGCCGGGUCCAUAUGGAAAACAACGAAAGAAGCAGACCGACUCCGCCUUGGCCCAGGACCUCAGUCUGAUGCAUGUGAGUGGACGCGAUGGUUUACCUAAAAGUAAAGGAGACAGGUCCAAAGGCAGCAGUGACCCUGUGCAGGCCUGUCAGUCUUCUGGGUCCGGUUCUGAUCAGGGCAGUCCUUCAGCGAUUUCUGCCAAGCCAUCGUCACGAGGCGGUCUAGCCUCGGUGGCUCGGCUGGUGAAGCUCGGCCGCUGUAGGAAUGUGGUGGUGGUGGCUGGAGCAGGAAUUAGCACAGCCAGUGGCAUCCCAGACUUCAGGACUCCAGGAACAGGUCUUUACGCCAACUUGGAGAAGUACAACAUCCCUUACCCAGAAGCUAUUUUCAACAUUGACUACUUCUCCAAUGACCCGCAGCCUUUCUUCUCCCUGGCCAAGGCUAUGUAUCCUGGCAGCCACCGACCCAACUACAUACACUACUUCAUUCGCAUGCUGCAUCACAAAGACCUGCUGCUCCGAAUGUACACCCAGAACAUUGAUGGACUGGAGAAACUGUGCGGCAUCCCAGAUGACAAACUUGUGGAAGCUCAUGGCAGUUUUGCCACAGCAUCCUGUCACCUGUGCUACACUGCGUACCCCGCUGAGGAGGCGAAGCAUGCCAUCAUGAAUGACAAGGUACCCAUAUGCUCAUUCUGCGCUGCAACAGUCAAACCUGAUGUUGUGUUUUUUGGAGAAGACCUUCCUCAGAAGUAUUUCCUCCACACUAAAGACUUCCCCAAAGCAGAUCUGCUAAUCAUAAUGGGCACAUCUUUACAGAUCGAGCCGUUUGCCAGCCUGGUGAACACGGUGCGCUCCACUGUGCCACGUCUCCUCCUGAACCGACACGCUGUUGGCCCCUUUGAGAAGGUCCCGCUGCGAAGAGGAGACCACAUGGAGCUGGGUGACCUGGAGGUCACAGUGCGGAGGUUUGCUGAAAUGCUCGGCUGGAGUGAUGAGAUUCAAGAGCUGAUGAGGACUCAGGAAACACUGUGCAUCCCUGCACUGAUAAGCAGCCCUCCAUCGGUGAGUGGACAGACACCAUGCGAGGUCAGAGGAGCUUCAGAGCCUCCAGGCAGGAUGGACACAUCCAGACCAGGAGCCCAGAGAGCGGUCAGCAGCGGCAGCGAGGAGACGGACUCAGAAACGGACAGCAAGAGCUCUGCGUCGUCCAGCCCGAGUAACUGAAGCUGCACGUUUCAUAAACGAUGGCACUGGACAAGUUUGAGACGGUUUCUCACUCUGAGACUGUUAACUGCAUGCACUUGUUAGCGUUCAGCCGGUCAUUUUCUGCAAGCAGCAUUGUUGUGUGCACUGGAGUGAAAGUGGAUCACAUUACCUAUUCAUCAGGAAGUCCUUUACGUACGUAAAUCAAGAAAUCAUCUUAAAUACAGUUUACUUGCCCAGUAAGCACAGUACAGCACUUAUAGAGGGAGGGUUCGUCCACAACACUAGACAAUGAGUCCUGUAACAGGACAUCAGGUGUUUUUAUAUGUUCCAUGUCAGCUAACUUGUUAAUGUUUUCUAUCAGCACAAAACUGUAUUUUAAACAAUAUUUAAUAAAAGUUGUGUUUUCUA